GUACUACCUAUACCUACCUAGCAGACAGAGGCAUGACCAGGGGCAGGAACCCUUGUUCUCAAAAGAGUCCUAGUCUUGAUUCGUAAAUACUUAGCUCGAGAGUCAAGGAUGGAUUACGUCUAACCCAAAAUGAACAAUUUGAUGGUUUUGACUGCGGCCUGUGAUUUCCCUCGGACCCCGUCUCUGUUACCCCCAGCCCCUCGCAUCGUCUUGUCUGAGUCUCUUCCUUCUCGCUCCAUCCGGUUACCUCCCAUUUCAAAGCUUCUUUUCUCUUUUUUUCUUCCUCCCAACAACUUUUUGUCUGUCGUCGUCAUAUCUCUCUAUCUUCACCUUUUGGAUACCCCUCGGCAGUCAGCGUACUUGCCCUUAGAACAGACGAAUAAGAACGACACGAAGAAUCUAGCAAGUCCCGAGUCACAGCCAGCGCAUCUUCUUCAACAAACCAACGCUCCUCCCGCCCGCCGCCAAAGCUUCGUUUCGUUUGCAAGCGGACAACACGGACCCCAUGCCAAGCUUUUGGUGAUCCGCCAAACGACAUCAUUGGACACAGCUCUCCAAACUCAGUCCCGGUUGCAAGCUCCCAUCUCUCAGUGAAGCUCACGGCUUUGAAGUGAGUGAGUGUCAGACUGAGUGAGACUGAGUGAGACUGAGUGAGGAGUGACUGAGAGCUCGCGCUCGCACUCGCACUGAGAGACCAGCGCGCUGCCCCUCCACGAUUUGGAGAGUGAUCGACACUCUUGGGUCUUGGCAACGGCCACCACGGCGCUGCAGGGGUUUUUUUUUUUUUUUGACAGGAUCUCCCGCU